UCUACUGCACUGACACUUCCAACUCUCGCGAGAGUUUGUGAUUACGUUUGCGGAAGUUUACAUUCCGUGUAGAAAAACGUGCUGCUCAUGGCAGCCGUGAGUAACACCGGCUGCAGGUUUUCUUUAGCUGCUUUAUUCCCCUUAAUGUAGCAGCUCUCUAAGAUGUAUUCCGUUUUAAUUAACGCGGUUUUGUCCAGCUCUCCUGACUACGGCCUUUUGUUUGAGUCUCUGUCAUGGCCGAGGGACUCUCGCCCGGGGACGGAGCGAGUCGGGGCGCUGACAGCUUUCAUUGAGGGACUCGGUCCACUCAUGACCGACUCGGACACGACUCCGUUGACAGCUGCGAAUAAAAUAGCUAUUAAAGACAAAAUCGAGUCGGUGAUCUGGACCCAGUGUCUACCUCUUCUCUCCACAAUAUCAGCAGAAGCCGGUGAAGGCAUGCGGAGCAGGGAGAGUACCGCUGCUGCCUGCCGACUCAUGAGUGUCUGUGUCCCGCUGUGUGACGAGGCUGUGCCGGGGCGGGUAGCUCUGUCUGUCCUGCCGUCGCUCCAGCUGUCGGAGGAGGAGGUGCCCGGUGCGGGACGACUCAAUGUGGAGGUUGCUAGUGAAGUCAUGGCUGCUCUCAUACCUUCUCUGUCAGUGGAUGAUCAGCUCACACUCACCAUCCUGACAUCCGCCUUGUCCUGCAUCAAAACACUCCCCGAUGCACUGGUGUCCAAAAUCACAGUCCGGCUUCUCGUAACCCUGCUGACCUGCUGCAGCGGUGUGAGGUUAGAAAGCAGCCUGGACUUGAUCCUGGGUGAUCUGUGCAGCUGGCACACCACUGACCGCACACCUGUGGUGACAGAGCGGGCACUGCUGUGUCUGACCGCCCUGUCAGACCACCUGCUGAAACCUCACAGGGUUUCCUCUUCGUCCUCCUGUGAGCCUCGUCUGUCCCGCAUGUUCUGGACGAUGGUUCAGGAUGGACUCACGCACAGAGACAGCGUGUCACGUAAGAGGGCGUUGUACCUGCUGAAAAAGUGCGUGGCCUUGUCAGAGGAGGAGGGGGUGGACUGUCCUGUCUCUCCACCAGGGGAAGAAGAGGUCUUGUUCAGGUGGGCCGCCAACAGGAGCAAGUUGCUUCGAGAGUUCUGGGAGGAUUACGCUCUGGUGAUGGAGACCCUGGAGGAAAACCAGGUUCAUGUAGUCCGGCCAGUUUUAAACAGAAUAGACACGCUGAUCCAAACAACAGUGAACGACAGUCAAGCUUCAGGUCAAGGCCUCUUCCACCCCUCGUGGCUGCUGUGUGUGUACCAGCGGAUGUUCCAUAGUGAAAACAAAUCCUUAAUGAGAGAGGGAGUGUGUCAUCUGCUCGAGCUGCAGGUUCUGCAGCAGCCAGACUUUGCUGUGGCCUUUUCUCAGUUCAUCGUUGGCCCUUUCAUGGAUGUUCUGUCUGAAACUUCGCUCUUCCAAAGGUCAGUUGGACAGAGCGUAGGAGACUGUCCUGAGCUUGGUGUUAAACUCCAAGUCUUCAUGGCCACCUUCUUCAGCAGCCUGCCACCAGAGCAUAGAGGCCAUAUGUUGCUGCAGAUGAUUCAGCAGCUGUGCUCCAAGCACUGGUGUGCGGUACCCCUCCUGUUCCUCUCCCAAGCUCUAUCCAAACUCCCAUCGAGUCCACUGCUGGGGAUCAACGGGCUGACUGCUCUCAGGGAGGUACUGCGCUGCACCAUGAUCACUCAUCAAGUCCUGCUGAGAGGUGCCGCUCAGUGCUUCCUGCUGAACGGCGCCCUCUGUCUCAUGGAUGUGAGUGCAGUGACCCUAGACGAUGUUUUUAGUUUCCUGAUGGAUUUUCGUGCAGACGAGUCGCUGUGUAGAGGCACACAGAUCUGGAACCAGUUAUGUGCCUGGCUAUUGGACAAUGAAGGCAGUUUCAAGCCCAGGAUUCUGGAUGGAGAUUGUACUGGUGCUGCCACAAAGAAAGAAACUAUAAGAGGUUAUGUUGAAAGCGAGAUAUACAUGUAUCUCCGAGUCCCAGCUAGCACAGGUCACACUGAGAGGUUACCUGACCCUAAAGAUGCUGAAAAGUUGGCCCGGGCUAUUCUGUUGUGCGUGGACAUGGAGAGAGAUCAACUCGGGGCAGAGAAGAGUAACACUCUGGAGUCAUUACUCUCUCCGCUGCUGGACACUCUAAGCAGAGUCAGCACCAAUAUCUACCUGCCUCUGCGUAAGAGUGACAAGAGCCUUCAGCUCGUCCUCCAGCUGUUCCAGCUUGGAGGAAUACCAAGCUGUCAGCACACUGUAGGGGAGCCAGUGGAUAAUGUGAUGGUAACCAUGGAGAGGCUCAUUUUUAAACUUGUCGAUCCAAUCCAGGAGUUUAUCCUGAGGCGACUGUUUGGGGAGCUGCAGGAGCUGUUUGAUGUGGAGCGGGCAGAGCUGUAUCUGUGUGUCCUGCGGCAGCUGGUGGUCAUGUACAGUUCUGCACCACAGCACCGUAAUAAAAUUCAGCAAACCUAUUUCCCUAAACUCAUCAAGCACAGCCUCAGUGUCCUGCAAGAACCAAGUCAGCAGAUCCACUCUGUGGGAAACCAGGUGGCAAGAGCUGUUGCUAUGGCUUCCCUGGCUACAGUAUGUAGUCUUGUGGAGCAGGGUGUGAUUGGCAUGCAAUCAGAGACCAUUUCUGUCCUGAAAUCACUGAAUGACUACUUCUACAGUCCAGGGCCAUCUGCCUCCCAAAGUCCAUCCUCUGUGGGAAACUUCAAUAAACGCCUGCAAAGACCACAGACAGGAGACAGUUUAAGCGAUGUAGGAGUGCAGGAUCGUCUGCUGAAGGACUGGGGACGCAUCGCUGCCAAUUUUAUGCGGGACCAGUGGAUUUGUCUGAGCUUCCUUAUUAAGUCUCUUGGGGUUCCCGAGUCUGUAGAGAUUUCCAGAGUGUCCGAGACUCUCAAGGCUGCUCUGGGCUGCAGUGUGGAGGCCCUGUCUCUGCUGCCCAGUGACCUGGUGCUGCCUGUACUCACCUUUAUGGAGACAGUGCUGCCAGAAUUACUACUUUCUGAGGAGGUCCUCUGUGUGGAGGCUGUGACUCUGAGCUGGGAGCUGGUGCAGGGGCUGUCCACUAAUGCCCAUGACUUCUGGCUGGCUCUGAAAGGCUUCAUCUCCAUGGCCUUCCACCAUAAACUGCUCGUGCUGACAGAUUCCCAGGCUCCGACAGUCGUCACCACCCUGAAGCAGAUUGCCACUGAGCUGAUGGAGCUGUCACAGUCAAAGAGUGGAGUAUUCGGUGUGCUGCUUCAACACUGCUGUGAGAUGUGGCUGCCUACAGACAGAGGCAGCAGCAACAGGGCAGACACAUUGUUUUCUAGUGUUUUCAGCCACGUCAGCAUACUCAGUGAGGCUUGUGUCUAUGGACCAGUGUUCAGGAGAGAUCAGCGGCUCAUUCAGGAUGUCCAAACAUAUGUGGAGCAACUCGGCGAAGAGUGUGCCGCCAAUGUUGCAGUUACAAGUGAUAACAAGGAUGAUCAGUUGCCUCGCACAUGUGUGCUGGCUUUCCUCAGCCGCCUGGAUUCCUCUAAUCUGCAGCAUCAAAGACUGAUGGAGGAACUGGUUAUGGAUUUGUUGAAAAAGGAUACUGACAUAUCAAAGUCAAAAGUGCGUUACUAUAGCAACUCCCUGCAACAUCGUAUCAAAAACAGAGUAUGGCAGACACUGCUACUGUUGCUGCCCAGACUCAGAGAGGAGUUUGUCGCCACGUUGGUGAAACGUGUGUUUGAGGCCGGAUUCUGCAGUAACCAGGCCUCAGUCAAGUACCUGAUCGAGUGGAUGAUGAUUCUGAUCCUUGUCCAGUAUCCGCAACACAUGGACAGCUUUUGGACCUGCUUCAGCAUGGAUCAUGAGAAGACCAAGACAAGCAGCUGCACCUUCCUUUCAGUCCUGGUACAUUUCAACGUCAUCAUUUCUAAUCUUAAGGAUGAGGCAGUGCAGUUGAGAACGGCGCUGGAUAUCAUCCUGCAGUGGUGCUUCAACCAUAACUUCAGCGUGCGCCUGUAUGCCUUACUGGCCCUGAAGAGGGUGUGGAGCUUGGCUGAAGUCCGUGCAGAGGAAGGCGCCGAGGGUUUUGGAGGACUGUCCACUGUGAUCAAAGCCUGUCUGAACCAGGCUGAGGCCAUGCAGAGCACAGGAAAUGCCAACAAGAACUGGAUAAGGAUUCAGGAGCACUUCUUCUUUGGCGCGUUUCAUCCUAUCCGGGAUUACAGCGUUGAGACCAUAUUCUAUACUUUCCCCAGUCUGUCAGAGUUGGCUGAUGAUGAGUGGAUUCCACCCUGGAAGUUUGAGAAACUGUCGUGUUUCUCUGAGAGUCCAUCUUUCCCUUUAAGAAAUCCUGCUCCCGACCUGAACCAGCUCCAGCCUGGAGACUGGAUCCAGCAAGACAAAGGUGAGCAGAGUAAGGAGGACCGCUGGACUGAGGUGCAGAAGAAGAUCACUCCCUGGAGGCUGGGGAUCAACGAACAGGAGCCCGAACUUCAGCUGGUUCCACAACAGAGGGCCGCUCGACUGGGCAAACUGCAUGGCGCCCUGCUGGUGGUAGCCUCACUUAUCGACAAGCCCACCAAUUUAGGAGGUCUGUGCAGGACCUGUGAAAUCUUUGGGGCCAGCGCUCUGGUUCUGGACAGCCUCCGCCAUGUCAGCGACAAAAGUUUUCAGUCCCUGAGCGUCUCCUCUGAGCUGUGGCUUCCUCUAUUAGAGGUGAAGCCGAUGGAGCUCACCGACUUCCUGCAGGUAAAGAAGAGUGAGGGGUACUGCAUCGUUGGAGUGGAGCAGACAGCCAACAGUCAGAGCCUCCAGGACUACAAGUUCCCUGAGAAGACCCUGCUCCUUCUGGGCAAUGAACGAGAAGGCAUCCCCGCCAAUUUGCUCCAAAUGUUUGAUGUGUGUGUGGAAAUCCCCCAACAGGGGGUCAUCCGUUCACUCAACGUUCACGUGAGCGCUGCCCUCCUGAUUUGGGAAUAUACACGGCAACGCCUCACCUCAUCUGAAGUCAACUCGAAAUGCAGCUGAGCAGCAAAGUGGACAUCACAUGUCUGUUUAUCUGAUGAGUUUUUGAUGUGGAAUGAGGACAUGCUGUCAUGUUAAUGGAGACAAUCUGUGUUGGCAAAGCAGAAGCAUACAUGGAAAUCUUGCCUUUUUUGAGGAGGAAAUGUCUGGACAGGACUAAAGUAUAAUGUCAAUAUGCUGCUAUGUAUUAAAAUGCUGCUUUUUGCUUUUCUGCAUUGUUUUUAUUGCUUAUUUUAAAUUGUACUACUUUUUUGAUAUGGUUGAAAGAAUAAAUAAAGUUUUGACAUUCUUA